AUCCAGUUCAUCCGCAGAGAUCUGAACUACAUCCGCGCAAACGCAAACGCUGUCACGUAUGGACAAGUGCGUAACCAGCGACCAGCCAGCGAAGAGGACUUGAAAUGCGAAAACUCCCGGUCAUCGGUUACGGCACGAAGCAACCUGGGCAAAUUACCUUGCUACCUCAUCCGCAGACGAAAAGAGGAGCAGGCCAAGAAGGCAGAGUUGGCAAGGAGCAAAAAUGACCGCGAGGGGUCCGCACUAACACCACCCGGACACCGCAGAGUGUCUGAGGACGAACGAACGAAGACCCUGGCGGCACUGCACGAGGCACACGCGAAUGCCCUCAGUCAGCUUCAGGGACUCCCCAUUCACAUGAGUACAACUCGUGUUCGAAAUCGUCAACAGGAACUCGAAAACCGCCUCUCCGAACUCGAGGAAGCCAUCAACAUCUUCAGGAAGCCCAUUGUAUACAUCAAACUUGACUGA